AUGAAGUCCUUCGCGCGCGUGCCGGUCCGCAGCUGCGCGGAGGAGGCGCUGGGCGCGGCCACUGAGGAGCAGGCCAGGGCGGUGCGGAAGGCGCUCGGGACCCUGGAGGAGACCAGGGAGCACUGCGGCAACACGCCCGAGAGGAGCACCUUCUGGGGCUGCAAGGUCUUGAGCGACCUUGCCUACGACCUCUUCUCCAGGGGCCUGAUGCUGCUGCACACCUGCCAGGUGUCGCCGGCGGGCCAGUGCGAGGAGGAGGGGCGGAGCACCGCGGCGAUCGAGCUAGCCUCCUACGAGAGCACCAUAGAGCGAAGCCGGAACACUCCAGCGGAGAGCAUGGUCACCAGCUGGUUGGCCGCCUCUCAGGGGGACGUUUUCGCCGCGCUGAUCCAAGAGGCGAAGGGCGGCGGUGACGCCGCCGGAGACGGGCUUCCGCCUGCCUGGCGGGCGUCGCUUCGCGCCGUGCACAAGGUGCACCACUGGGUGUCUGGCUAUCUAGAUGCGCUGUCCGCGGUGGCGGACAUCUGGCGCGAGACGCAGUGGCACUGGCUGAUGGACUCCCUGUUGGCCGGCCGCGUGGUGCAGACCGCGUGGGGGCCAGCGGACGAGUGGCUCAGGUUCGGAGUCCACGACGCACACGCGGACGCGCCGUUGACACGGUCGCCUCCAAAGUAUUUGUUCAGCGACCAUAUGGGGAUGCGCUGGGAGAUUCUCAUACGGGAGUUGCACGCGUUGCAUGAGCGCCGGGGCGGCGCAGGGCAGCUGCAGGUUGUGGAGAUCGGCGUCUUCGCAGGUAUCGUCUCGGACCUGCUGCUGAAGGGCUGCGAUUUCAUCCGCCUCAUCGGAAUCGACCCCUACAUCGGGGGCGACGACACGUUUCCUGGCAACUAUUCUCACACGCUCGACUCCAACGUGGCCCUGUACAAGGCGGCCAGCCUGUACGAACCACACGGCGAGCGCGCCCAGCUGUGGCCAGUGACGUCGGAGGCGGCGGCAGCGCAGCUGCCCGACGGGAGCGUGGACGCGGUCUUCAUCGACGGCUGCCAUUUCUACGACUGCGUGAAGCAGGACUUCGAGCUGUGGAUGCCCAAGAUGAGGCGCGGCGCCGACGUGCUCGUCGCCGGCCACGACUUCUCGCCGCAGUGGCCCGGCGUGGUCCAGGCGGUGCACGAGCAGAGGACUGGCGGCGGCGAGGUGUGGCUGGCCACUGACUGGAUGUUCUGGUGGUUCGACCGCUUCGAGUAG